AUGAACUUGUUAAUGCUGUUAAGUACCUUUAGCCUUUUGCUCCUGGCAUUUGGCAAAACUUAUGGUACAAAGUAUUCAGAGGAAGAUAGCUUUUUAUUUGAGGACUACUGCAGCGAAAUGAACAUUCACGUCCUGGUGAGUGCAGAAAAAAGGUAUUCUAGCAGGUAUAGCUAUUUGUUAGGUCGCAGAAUUGCAAGCAUGGCGUUUUCUCUGUACAACAGUUGGAAUUAUUUUUCAUAUUCCUUUUUUGAUGAUAAAAUUGUGUAUACAGAUAUGAGACAAAUGCUAUUUGGGUUUGACAUGAUGGAAACAUUAACGACUUUUCAGAAGGAUCAUGAACUUUAUGGAGUUACAAAACAUGGGCACUCAAAUGUAUUUGGAUCUUUGAAGGAGUAUUACGAAACUUAUAUAUUAAAUAACCCCAAAAUGCAAUAUAACAAAAAUGUUAUAAUUAUUUGUAAAUUUUUUGGAGAUAUGGAGCCUUCAGAAUAUCCUGAUGAAUUCAUAAAUUACAUAAGAGACAUUAGAAGUAAAAAAUUGGGGAUUUUUUUUUACUCAGACAAUUCUGAGGAAUCCAAGAGGCUCACCUUUCUGAUCUCUGAAAUGAGUUAUCAUAAAUCUUCCCACAUUCCUUUAGCGUAUUUCUUUACCGAUGAAAUUGAUAUUCACGCUAGAAUAAGUGUAGACAGAUUUUGCUAUGCUUUGGAAUAUGGUGCAACUUGUGCGAGGUAUAACGAUUGGUCUGAUUGGAGUGGGCCUUGUGAAUUUAGGAAAAGACAGAGAACCAUUCCCAAAAAAGUUACCCUUGAAACUUAUAUCACUAAUACUGAUUACUACACUCCUCAUUGUAGAAGCCUUUUCAACUAUGAAUUAAUAAUCAGGGAAGAUUACAGAAGCGAAUGUACUAACGAAAUAUACAACUGCAGAGGUAUCUGUGAUGAAGGAUAUAUGUUCAAACCACAUGUUAUAGCGUACGAAAUUUUAGAACAAUAUGUCCAAUGUAAUGAUUUGCCAAAUUGCUCAUCUCAGCAAAGAAAAAAAAAUCAUCAUAGAACUUAUGAAAAUUUACUAAAAAUGCUCAAUAAUUAUACAGACGAUCUGCGUGCAGAUGAAAUCAAAGAACGGAAGGCUAUGAACAAACCAUACAAAGGGGAAAUUGGCGAAGAGGGUGCUCAACCACGAAUGUUGAGGGAAGCAAGCGCUCAACUAAAAAAAAAAACAGACUCGAUGAUAGAAAGACAGCACCUUCUUAUUAAAAAUCACAAGCUUUUGCUUCAGCAUAUCGAGCAGGGCGAUGAGGUAGAUGUCAUCGACAAGUUUGGAAACUUCGUUGUGAAGAGACCCCGUAAGAAUACGCGAGUUGUAAAGGUAAAAAAAAGGGUUAAGGCACGUAUUAAUGCUGCGACUGUAGGUAGCCGUACCGCUAAUAAGCAAAAUGGAGAGGAUAAAAGCGGGAGUGAUACCGUCGAAACUGCAAAUGCGGGUACCGCGGGUAAUGCAGAUAGAAUUAGAAUUCACCAAGACGAAAGCACAAAUGUCGGGAUGGCAGACUCGGGCACUGCAGGAAAAACUGAUGGGAAGAAGCUGGCGGAAGGUGAAACAAUGGCGGAUGGAAAAGGGGAUGAAGAAAAUGAUAAAGAGCGCACUAACCAGGGAAAUAGGCUCAAUUCUGAGGAGGCAAAAAAUAUACUUGAUGAAGAACAACAAAAGGAAGAGAAAAUGGAGCAAGAAAUUAUCAAAGACAACAAUCUUGAAAAACCAGAUGAAAUCGAAAAGGUGGAUACGAUUGACACUGUGGCAAAAGAUGGAACUGCGGAAAUCGAUUCACCCAGUUUGUCAAAUGGGAGCUAUUUGCCUAAUGUGGAAGCUAGAGAAUCUUCAAAUAAUCAACCAAUAAUCCCAGAAGAAAAUGACAACACAAAAUCUCCAAUUGGUAGUAGCAAAGAUCACGAGGUAAAUUCAAAUGAUUAUGUCACAUCUGAGAACGCUGGUGAUGCAAUAAAUAGUCACCCUAGAGCAGACACAUCGCAGGGACAUUCUGCAGCUUAUCAUAAUAAUUCACCUGUUUAUAAAAGCACGCAUGAUGGUAAGGACGAAUUGACUGAUAAACAUGAGCAAGAAUUGUAUGAGGAAAGUGCUCCACCGAAAGGGGAAAGCGAAACCGGUGGUGAUGGUCAAGGUGGAGAAGAUAAAAUAACUCAAGUGAACAAAGGGGUGGAAGAAGAAGGAACUGGGCGUACAGAUACACCAAAGGAAAGUGCACAGAAAGAAAUAACUCCACAUGGUCGUGUUGAAGACGCGGCUAAAGUCCAAGAAAGCGCCAAUGAACACACGAACGAGCGCACAAACGAACGCACGAACGAGCGCAUAAACGAACACACAAACGAACAAGCGAACGGACACACAAACGAACACGCGAACAGACACACAAACGAACAAGCGAAUCAAAUCGGGAAUAACACCGAUGAAGUUACGACACGAACUGAUCAAGUAGGCGGAGAAACGGGAGUAACUGCAGAGCAGGGGAUAGAAAAAGGGGAAGAUAAAGUGAGCCAUGUUGGACAAAAAGGAAAUAUAAAUGGUGAGGAAGUAGUAGAGGGACAGUCACAACAUACACAGGCUAAAGAGGUAGGCUUAAAUAGGCAAGUGGGAGAUAGACAGGGAGAAGAACAUAAAAGUACGAAUCGUGACAGCUUACUAAGAGACUUUCUAAUUAUGAACCACGUUCCGGAUGGCUUCAAAAAACAGUAUGAAUUGCCACAAAUGGAAAGUGAGAAAAAAAAAUCAACUGAGCACACAACAGAGAUGCAUGAUGCGAACCAUGGACGAGUUAGUGGACAUAAUAAACAAACACAUGAUAAUACGGAUGGAAGCGUAGAAACAACUACGCAAUCCCAUGUCGUGCACGAAAUGAAGGAAAAAUCGGAAGAGAGUAACCAUUUGGUCGAAUCCGCCAUUCCAGAUAAAACAAAAACAGAGGAACAUCACAUAGCGAGUCAUAGCACGGAUGGGCAUACUUUACAAGGAGAAAGAAUAAGCACAGAUCAGUUGCACAACGAAGGAGAAAGUCAACACCAAUUUAAAGGCAAAGACGAAAACGAACGCGAAAGUGAGCAAAAAAACAGGGAAGCAGAAGAUUCCAAUUCUGCCAACGUAUCCGAGAAUCACGUCGUUAUAGCGGAAGAUCAAACGGAUAACAAGCACGCGAAAGAAACGAGUCACAUAUCAAGUAAAUCAAUCAGCGAGCAUAGAAGUCUCGAAGAAGGAAAUGAAGGGAAACAAUUUAUGCAUGUUCAAACAGGCAAAGAUCAUUUAGUCAUUGAAAAUAAUGGGGAAAGCCAUAAAAUAUCAGGUGAAUCUACAGGAGGAGAAAUAAUAUCAGGUGAUGAUACGAACAAAGGAAAAGUAUCCGAAGAGGACGUAAAUGAACAUGAAGCAUCCUAUAAAAACAUAAGGGAACAUGUAGGACAAACUGAUAUGAACGAUAUUCACAAAGCAGAUAUGAACGAUGCAGAAAAUAUUGUGGAAGAUAGUAAUACGAAUGAUCCCGAAGAAUUAGAAGAAACUCUGAGAGAAAACAGCAUAAUAAGUCAUAACUUUGGAGAACAUGCGGACGCACAUAAUGGUGAAAAGGGAGAUGAACUGUCAAGCGAAAGGGAACAGGAAGAGCAAACAGCGGGGGGACAUAUUCAAGGAGAAGCAUUAUUUGAUAAUCACGCGACAUACAAUCAAGUAAAAGAAGAAAUUGAGGAAGAACGUAGAACAUCCAACGAACAUGUGACAGAGGAAUUGGCGACAGGUCAUGUCCACACGCAACAGCAAGUACAAGAAGAUGAAGAAACUGGAAAGGAACACAAGACACAGGAUCAAACAAGUGUCGACAGAACAGUAUUAGGGGAAUCACACAAAAGAGACCAUUUGGCAGAUGAAACGGAGGGCAGAAACGAGUUAACCGGUGAAUUUGUUCCAACACAUGUAAUAGCAGGCGAUGCGGUGAAAGGGCCUCAUGUAGCGGAUGGAAUUGUGGGAGAACAUUCAGACGCAGUCAAAGGGGGAGAAGUAGUUGAAGGAGGAGAUGCAGUAGAAGGAGGAGAAACAGUCAAAGGAGGAGACGUAGUAGAAGGGGGAGACGCGGUAGAAGAAGGAGAUGCAGUGGAAGAGGAAGGUGCGCGUGAACGUGAAUUCGUGGAUGAAAUUACAGAUGAACAUAAAGCUAAGGGUGAAAGUAAGGAUGAAGCCGUAGAUGAAAGUAAAAAUGUAGCUGAAGGCACAGAUGUGGGUGUGCAUACAGAAAUAGGCGAACACAAAGACAUGGGUGAAAGUAAGCGGGGAAGUAACGAUAUAGGUGAUAACACUUAUGCGGGUGAUAAUAACGAUUUGGGUGAUAACACUGAUGCGGGUGAUAACAUUGAUGUGGGUGAACCCACAGAUGUAGGAGAACACAUAGCCAACGGCGAAAGGAAGGAAGUAGCUGAAGUUAAAGGAGACCAUAUGGAUAUAGUUGGUGCUAAAAGUGAAGGUAAACACGAAGCAGUGGACGAAAGUAAACACAAAGAUGUAGGAAAGCACCAAGAAGAAGGUGAAAGGGAAGAAGUAGCUGAAGUUAAAGGAGAUCAUAUGGAUAUAGUUGGUGUUAAAAAUGAAGGUAAACACGAAGCCAUGGACGAAAGCAAACACAAAGAUGUAGGCGAACAUAAAGACAUAGGUGAAAGCAUGAAUGUGGUUCAAAAUGAAGAUGGCGGUGAACCUAAAGUCACUGGUGAAAGUGCAGAUGCAACUGAAGUCACUAGUAAACAUGACGGCAUUAUAGAAAGUAGGGAAAUAGGCGAACAUACAGACGUGGCUGAGCACAUAGAUGUAGGUGACCAUACAGAAAUGGGUGAACGUAAAGAAGCAGGAGAGCAUGACGAAGUAGGUGAACAUAAAGAAGCAGGAGAGCAUAAAGAAGUAGGUGACCAUGCAGAAAUGGGUGAACAUAAAGAAGCAGGAGGACAUAAAGAAGUAGGUGACCAUGCAGAAAUGGGUGAACAUAAAGAAGCAGGAGAACAUAAAGAAGCAGGAGGACAUAAAGAAGCAGGAGAACUUGACGAAGCAGGAGAACAUAGCAAAGCAGGAGAACAUGGCGAAGCAGCUGAAGUUGAAGGAGUCAAAAGUGAACACGUACAGGGGAGCUCGGAAGAAGGUGAGACCAUAAAGGAUAAACCCAUCGAUGCAUCACGUGAGAGCAAAAUAUCGGAGGAAGGCGAAAGUUCUGACAUAAACCAGAAGCUGCAUGAAGAUAGCGUGAACCCCAUUGAUGGGACAAUGGGAGGAGGGGAGAAGAAAGAAGAACUGGCAGGUGGUGCUAAUACACAUUCUGCACAUAACGAAAAGGGGGAAGUGACUCCAAAGGAACAUGAAGGAGUAAACACCUUAGAUCGAAAUGGUGAAAAUGAACAAAAAGUGCAAGAAAAACAUGAACAAAUUUUAGAUUAUAGAAUAGAUGAUGAGGAAAAGGCAAGCAUAUCACCACAUGCACAAACUGAAGUGAGUAAAGAAACAGAUGGAGAGGUGAAGGAACAGGUAGAAGACACAUCCACAACAAAUAGCAAAAAGGAACCAACUGGUGAAGUUUCGAGUAGAACCAAUGUAGACACAGAUUCCAUAAUUACACAACAAAAAACGAGCGUAUUGCCAGAAGAAGAAUCGAAAAAAAUUGAAUCAAAGAAAGAAAAAGAUGACGUAAAAAAUAUAAACGAAAUAAUUGAUAAUGUAGUAAAUACAUAUGAUAGUAAAAAAAUGAAUAGUGAACAAAAAGAAGAUGUAGAGGAAAAAUUAGACGUCCUUGAAGAUUUUGUAGAAAGUAACAAAAAAGUGGAAGGAGGAAAAAAUGAUAACCCAUACAAGUACUUCUCAGAUAUGAAGAGUGUCCAUAAGCUAUUUUAUAAAAAAAAUUCCAGCGGGGAAUUAGAAAAUGACAAAUAUCUUAUUGUUGGUCAGAAUAAUUUUAUCAUAGAUUCGGAUGAUACCCAAACCCCCUUUCCCAAAAAUAUUUCCAAGAGGGUUAGUGAAAUCCUGGAAGAGGAGAUUCAAAAGGACGUGACGAACACGUUGAAUGAGGAUGAUAAGACGAGAAAGGAGGCCACUGAGGGGGGCGAAAAGGGGGACGGGAAUGAUAACGCAGGUGAAAACGGAAGUGGAAACGAAGGUGGAGACGAAGGUGGAGACGAAAACACGAGUCAAGACGGACGCAGCGAAAGCAGAGCACAUAGCAGCAAAAAAUUCAAGUACGGAAGCAUAACCGUCUUCGCUGGUGCAGUUGUAAUUUUUGUGUCUAUGUAUAUUUACAAACAUGCACAGAACUAUGGGCGCGCGGAAAAGGACAACCAGAAUAACAUCGAAUACCAGUUUACAGCCGAAGUUGCGAUGAACGGAGAUAAGGGCCAAGACAUAACGUGCGGGCAAGGUGGCUACAUUGAGGAAGGCUGGUCGUAG